AUGGCUGGACAGAAGAGUUUUGCAGGUUUUGACAGAGCUCAACAAAAUAAUUAUUACUGGUACUGGCCAAGGGUGAACCCUAAGUUCCAGUUCCACCCGAGGGACCCCUUUGGCAACGGGCAGGAGCAACAGCACAGCUGUUGUCUUCUUUCUGGCUACAGCUGUGGUCCUGCAGUGGAUGGAAAUGGGCACCCCCUUUCUGCGUGUGGGACCUCUGGACACCUGGCUGGAACUCCCAUUACACCCGAGGAAACCACAGCUCUGGCGGGAAACCAAGAUGAAAACCUACUAGAAGAUCCCAAUCUUCCUUUGAAUAUUGAGGAAUUAAACAAAGAAUUUAUGGUGAAAAGUGAAGAACUUUACGAUUCUCUCAUGAAUUGCCACUGGCAGCCUCUGGAUACAGUUUACUCUAAAAUCCCAGAUGAGAACCCACAGAAACCAGAUGUUCAUUAAGCUACCCAAUUAUUAUAUUAACUAUAUCCUGUUCUGUUUUUGUUUUUCAAAAAAAUAAAAUUCUCCCAGGAAUAUGCUGGAUUCUGUAUGUAAAUACAAA